AUGGACAGCAUCACAUCUACACAGGCUUAUUCUUGCAAUAGACCCUAUCUGCAGGCUCGCAGGCAGCAAUUUCAGGACCGCAGGUUCAGGACCCUUGAACUAGGACCUGUGUUUUGUCACAACAGCGCCACCAGCAAAGUCAAUGAGCAUUGCAAGUGCUGCAGUGAGGAUUCAACAACGACUGAAGCACAUCUGGCAAAACUCUUUUCUGAUUUAGAGAAAAAAAAGGCCAAAACCUCUGGUAUAACUGAAAAACUGGGCAUCACAAAUGUAUGGGAGCAUUGGGAUGCUGCUGAGAACUUUGAGAAGAUCCUGUGUUUGACCAGUCCAGAGGCAUCCAAGAUAUUCAAGGGAGAGCUGAAUCAUUGGACCAGAUGCCUCCAGUGCAAACAGAGAAAUGACAGCGGGAGCUUGUUUUGGAUUCUGCCUCUUGCAGUGGAAGACUCUAGCCGUCAGAUCUACAGUGUGGAGAAAGGUUUGGAGGCAUUCUUCAGGGGAGAGAGAGUCAGCAGGGACAACAAGGUUUACUGCAACCACUGCAACAAAAAGCACAAUGCAAAAUUUGGAUGUGAGAUAACCCAGCAUCCAGAGAUUUUGACCCUCCUGCUGAAGAGGUUCAGCUUCGACAACAAACACCAGUGUUAUGUCAAGCUUCACUGUGUGGUAGAAGUCCCAGAAACAUUACACAUGAAGAACUGCACAUAUGAUCUCUACGCUUUAGUGCACCACUGUGGAGAUCUAACAGGAGGCCAUUACACCUCACAUAUCAAAUCCUUUGAGACUCAGGGGUGGUAUCACUUCAAUGAUGAUGUUGUUAAAGGGGUCAGACAAUCACUGUUUGGAGAGAGUGGCAAGUGUUUGAAGUCUUCUACAGCUUAUCUCCUCAUGUACAGGAAGGGUCCUGAAUCAGAUGGCGAGGGAGCUUGCAGCAUAAAUGUUGAUGUUGGAGCAGAAAGAAGACAUGAAAAAGCAGAGAGGGAAGAGCCUUUGAUUCCUCAUCAUCAGCUGGAGGAUGAAUGCAGCAGAGAGGAAAACUGGAAGCACUUAAAUGGGGGUUUGUUAAAUCAAAACCAUCAUGAUGUGGUUUUGAAAACACAAAGAAACUUUUCCUACACCCUGGAAAAUCAUCUUAACCACGAAAUGGCCUGUUUGAGGGAACCUGAAGCACUGAGCGUGGCUAACAACGAGUUUAGCAGCUACGAAACCGAGGAAGGCACGUCAGCGGAGGAGGACUUCUACCAUCAGCACCUGGGAGACCCAUCUAUGAGAGGUAAUGGAGGAGGAUACCUGUCCACCAACCACCACAUGAGGGGCAUAAACACCGACAGGGACAAAGAGGUUAGCAGCUUUGCCAUCAUGAUAGAGAAGAGGAUGGACCGGGACAUAUACAAGUUCAAAGCAAUUAAAAUAGAGAGACUCCAGAAAACGACAAACGCCGUGGAAAUGGCGGUCAAACUCUACGUGAAAAAGUUAGACGGAAAGACCUUAGAAGUGAUCUUGUGUGACACUGAGGAGAAGUUUAGGUCCGUUACGACGCUGGAGUUGAAGUCGAAGAUGAACUGUGAGGAAGGGAUUCCAGAAGACCAAAUGAUACUGGUCUUCGCAGGCCAGAGACUGGAGGACGACAAGUGUCUGUAUGACUAUGAAGACCAAAUGAUACUCAUCUUCUCACACCAGGUACUGAAGGACAACGACGAGUAUGAAGAGGAGGAUGAUGAAGAGGAGGAUAAUGAAGAGGAGGGUAAUGAUAAGGAGGGUAAUGAAGAGAAGGAUGAUGAAGAGGAGGGAUAUGAAAAGGAGGGUAAUGAAGAGGAGGAUGAUGAAGAAGAAGAGGAAGAGCUAGCAGAAGACAAUGAAGAGGACGAUACUGGAAUGGGUCAAAGGGGAUGGUCUAAACGGAAGUAUGGAUCAGCUCGCUAA